CGCCGGCUGGCGGCGGCCAGCGCACCGGCCGCCUACGGCGAGCGCCGCGCCGACCUGCCCACCUUCUCGAUGGACGAGGUGGCGCAGCACGGCGACAUGAAGCGCCGCGUGUGGCUCACCUACAACCAGGGCGUGUAUGACAUCACGGACUUCGUCAAGAAGCACCCGGGCGGCAGCGCCAUCAUGAUGGGCGCCGGCGGCUCGGCCGACCCCUUCUGGGACCUGUACGCCGUCCACAAGGAAGAGCAUGUGCUGAAACUGCUGGAGCAGUAUCGCAUUGGCAACGUGCGGCCGGACGAGGUGGGCUCGCACCGCGCCGGCAUGACGGACGACCCAUGGGCGGCCGAGCCGCGCCGCCACCCGGCGCUGCGGCCCAGCGCGCGUACACCCUUCAACGCCGAGCCACCGCCCGCCCUGCUCGCCGACAACUUCCUCACGCCCAAUGAUUUGUUCUACGUGCGGAACCACCUGCCGGUGCCGACGGUGGAGCCGGCGACGUAUGAGCUGGAGGUGGACGGCCUAGGCGUGCGUGGCCUCUCGCUGAGCCUGGACCAGCUGAAGAAGAACUUCAAGCCCGUCACUGUCACCGCCACUAUCAUGUGUGCCGGUAACCGCCGCAGCGAGAUGUCGGCCGUAAAGGCGGUGCGCGGUCUCUCGUGGGGCCACGCCGCCGUCGGCAACGCCACCUGGACCGGCGCCCGCCUGUCGGACGUGCUGCGCGCCGCCGGCCUCGAGGGCGACGCCGCCGCCCCCGGCCGGCACGUCUGCUUCGAGGGUCUCGACACGGACCCGUCCAACACGCCGUACGGGGCGUCGGUGCCGCUGGAGGUGGCCACCGACCCCCGCCGCGACAUCAUCCUGGCCUACGAGAUGAACGGACAGCCCCUGAGCCGCGACCACGGCUUCCCCGUGCGCGCCAUCGUGCCGGGCGUGGUGGGCGCCAGGAACGUCAAAUGGCUCGGCCGUAUCUCCGUCUCCGCCGAGGAGUCCACCUCGCACUGGCAGCGCAGCGACUACAAGGGCUUCAACCCGUCGGUCGACUGGGACACGGUCGACUUCAGCAAGGCGCCGGCCAUCCAGGAGCUGCCCGUCAACUCGGCCAUCUGCUGGCCGGCCAGCGGCGACACCGUCAAGGUCAAGGACGGCACCGUCGCGCUCAAAGGGUACGCGUGGAGCGGCGGCGGUCGGCGCGUGGUGCGCGUGGACGUGUCGGCCGACGGCGGCGCCACCUGGCACGAGGCGUGCCUGACGGCCACGGAGCCGACGGCGCCGGCCGGCCGCUGCUGGUCCUGGUGCCUGUGGUCGGGCCGCGUGCCCGUGCCGGCCGGCGCCCAGACCGCUCAGCUCUGGGUCAAGGCCACCGACGCCAGCUACAACACCCAGCCCGAGUCGGUGAAGAACAUCUGGAACCUGCGCGGCGUGCUCAGCAACGCCUACCACCGCGUGGAUGUCAAGCUGAAGAGGGUGUAGGAUGGAGGAAUACCCGCGCGCUGCCAACAUGUCGAUGACGGGCCGAGUGUGUGCUGGGCGCGACGUCACUGCGCCGUCUCGCUCUAUUGCCCAGGGCUGAUGAAGGAAGGUGUUGAGGUGGCGGCCGGCACGACGUAUAUUCCAGUCUCGGAGACGGUUUUGAGAGUAUUUUUGCACGUGCGUAGAGUGCUGUGCCCUGGCAGGCGGGAGGUGUUUGCGAGUAUUGGCGCACGUGUGUCGACGGCUCGGUCCAUUUGUCUGGCCGCAGAUCGGUAUCGAAGGUGUGAGGUGAGUGUGCCAGGCUUGAUAGAUAGAAAGGGGACGGAAGGUGGAAAGCUGAAAAGGAUUUCGAAUCUGUGAGGUGGUUUGAUGACGGGCAGGGUGUCGAUAGUGCGGCAUCAUGGCAAGGUUCGGUAUGAGUCCGUUGAUCGGAUCCGGAUGGCCCAUGUCCAGUGACUAAGCCACGUUUCGUUGUCGGUUUCAGAGUAACCCUACCUGUUGUGUUGUGAACUUAGAAUGUAACACAGUCAUAUCUUCUUCACAGCCGCACGAUGUCUUGGCCGACUUUGGCUAGGCGAAGACAUCCUGAUGUGACUCUACUUUCGCAUUGACUGUUGGCGUGUGCGUGUAAGACACAGCGCGUCCUCGUAUCCAGAGCCGGCGCUGAUUAUGUGCACUAAUCUUAUGUACCCACUAUCGCCACCGGUGGUGGUGCGGGACUGAGCGACCUUGGGAGUGCCGGGUCCGUAGUCUGUUUAGCAAACUGGUACUAACCCAUGGUUAUCUAAGUCAUGUACUUCUGUUACCGGCUCAUUUGAUGGGUGUUGGUGGGGGUUGUCUGAUCCCUUCCAUACAGUCGGAUGUUGGGUUUUUGCUUUGCUAACCCCGUUAGUCGUGUACGGUGCGAUGCCGGGCUGUUACAGGAAUGUAGAUGUUCAAUGUGCCAAGGGAGCCGCUAAUGGUGUCAUUCUCUCCAUACGUUGAUCAAAAGGCAUCGGGUUUAUAAUAUGUGCGGUGGUGUGUUCUAUGUUCGCUCACAGAAGUGAAGCUGGUGUUGGAAUAUCAGGGUGCCAUUUAUGAAUACAUGGUAACGACUAAUCGA